AUGAAAAAAAUUUACAUUUUGGUUUGUGUUUUGGUGGCAUCUGUGACCGCUGAUGUUAGCCACAUAAGCAAUGAAUAUCUUCCACCAACUUAUGCUGCUGCUUCCGCUCCAGUACAGACUUAUAGUGCUCCAGUAUCGGCUCCUUCUUACACCGCUCCAGAACAAAGCUUUGAUGUUGCUGCUCCCAGUGUCUUAGCAGAACCAGAAUAUGCAGCCUCGGAACCAGUUGCUUCGCAUAGUUUCUCCUCAUCGGACGGUUACCGAUACAAAACUCAAAGACGUGUAGUAUACCGUCAUCGUCAACGUCGUGGUGCUCCUUCAAGCGAAUAUUUGCCUCCAGCAGCUUCAUCACCUUUCGUUGAAUACUUGUCUCCAGAUGCAUCUCCUGCAGUUUCUUCUUAUUCUGUUGCCCCAUCUUAUCAAUCGGAAACGUAUGCGCCAGCUGCAUCCUAUCAGUCUGAGUCAUUCGCUGAACCUUCUUAUGCAGAAUCUGCUCCCGCCCAUAGCUUUUCUUCUAAUGAUGGUUAUCGCUACAAAACUGCUCGUCGUCGCGUAUACCGUCGUCGCCGAUACUAA